CUGUGUAGACCAGGUUGGCCUUGAACUCAUGGAGAUCCACCUGCCUCUGCUUCCCAAGUGCUGGGAUUAAACUGCUUCAUUGGCACAGUAUCAAUAAAUAAUUCUUUUGUUUGGUUUUGUUUUGGGGGUGGUGCCUCACUCUGUAGCCUUGGCUGGGCUGGAACUAGGUAUGUAGACCAGGCUGACCUCAUAGACCAGCUAGGAGAGUUGCCUCUUUCUCUGGAGUGCUGAGAUCAGUGAGUAAUUAUUUUAUUGAAUGUACCUGAGUUUUUUUCUGGUAAUGAAGCUAUCACAGCCAGUGAAGCACAAUACAUGAGGUAGGAACUAGCCUUAGGUCUUUCUCAUGGGAGAGAAAACGUGCUCAGAGACGUUAGGCCAUUUGUCAGAGUACACAGAUCAGAUGAAAAUCCCAGGGGAGGAUUUAUCUCUUUUGCUUAGAGACAAGGUUUUGCAGCAAAGCUUGUCCUUGAACUUUGUGAUCCUCCUGCCUCUGUCCCUGAAUCCUGGGACCGCUGCUGGCCUGCCAGUGAAGAAGCCUUUCUCCUCUCCCCACACCUCACCCUCUCAGGGUAGAGGGCCGACGGAGCGCCCACAGUGGUCCUCGAAGGCUGUCUAGGAGAGGAGGCUGGAAGGACAAGACAAUUUUACAGUCACACCUGUAAUCUCCGAGAUCCGGAAGCAAGAGAUGCUCUCCAGAGCUGCCUGGAGUCUGCGGAUGAGGACCGGAGGACUGGGAACUCGAGGGACACACAGCCCAAGAGGCACUGCUAGCAGCCAGCGGAGGAUGAGCCCCUAUGUGGACUGCUAUGCCCAACGCUCCUAUCCCAUGCCGGAUGAACCCUUCUGCACAGAGCUCAGUGAGGAGCAGCGGGCCCUGAAGGAGAAAGAGAAGGGCAGCUGGGCCCAGCUGAGCCAAGCGGAGAAGGUGGCCUUGUACCGGCUCCAGUUCCACGAAACCUUCGCAGAGAUGAACCAUCGCUCCAACGAAUGGAAGACAGUGAUGGGCUGCGUCUUCUUUUUCAUUGGCUUCACUGCUCUGGUGAUUUGGUGGCAGCGGGUGUAUGUGUUCCCUGAGAAAGUUAUCACCCUGACGGAGGAGCGGAAAGCCCAGCAGCUCCAGCGCCUCCUGGACAUGAAGAGCAACCCCAUACAGGGCCUGGCUGCCCACUGGGAUUACGAAAAGAAAGAGUGGAAAAAGUGACCUGCACCCCUCGUCAGCCGCUUGCCCUAGUGAGACCACCCUGGUGCGGAGCCUGAAGCCCAGAGCCCCCUUCCCUCCUCUCCCCUCUUCCCUUUGCUCCAAUAAAGCAGCCUGUUUUUUUCUGCCUGCAAA